AUGGAACCCGUGUACUGGAAAGUACAACUUCCAGUUGUGAGUUUUGGUAGAGAAAAUGGUCAUGUUACAUUUGGUUUUGGAUAUGAUGUUGUCAAUGAUGACUAUAAGGUUGUUAGGAUUUUGCAGUUUGCUUGUACUGAGAGAAAGGGUUGGUUUUGCUCUGAUGUUAAGGUUUACAGUUUGAAAUCAAAAUCUUGGAAAGGGGUUGAGGAAUUUCCUUAUUUAGUUAAACUCCGCCUAUGUACAUAUCUAAAUGGUGCACUUCAUUGGGUUGUUAGUACUGAGAUAAAGAUACCUUUGGAAAGACUGAUUGUUGCAUUUGAUCUUGAAACUGAGAAGUGUCGGAUUGUACCUCAUCCCCCGUAUACUAAUGAAACCUUCAGUGUGAAGUUGGACGUGUUGGGAGGCUGUCUUUGCACAUCUCACUCCUACUGGUUUGAUUGUUUUCUUGAUGACUGGCAGUAUUUGGAUAGUUUUGUGGACCAUAUGGACAUAUGGGUAAUGAAGGAAUACGGAGUUAAGGAGUCAUGGACUAAGAUUAUGUCAAUUGAACAGCCAGAUACGCCUAUUGGACGUCUUGUAGUUCCCCUCGCGUAUUCGAAGAGUGGGGAGGAAAUUCUGGUGGAACAAGAUAAUAUACGGUUCCUAUGGACUAAUAUUGGGAAGGGUUACACAAAGAUUGUUGAUACCCAAGUUGGCAAGUUACGGGGCUUUCUACAUUUCAAUAGUUACAUCUAUUUUGGAAGCCUGGUUCAGCUCGAUUCCAGUGAUGACGCAAGUUAUCUGAAGAAACUGUUUAGUCAAGAUAAAGGAGGACAAAGGAAAACCUUAAAGAGGAGGUCAAUUAUUUGGUUGAUUUGUGGUUAUAUUGUAGCACAGUUGCAUUUAGUAUAG